UCUCCCCGUGUCUCCCCCCGUGUCUCCCCAGUGGUGUUGAAGGAGCAGGGUCGUGAUCUGCGCCGUGCUCAGCGCGAGGUGCAGAGAGACCGCAGCAGCCUCGAGAAGCAGGAGAAGCAGCUGGAAGCGGAGAUUCGCCGCAUGGCGAAGAGCGGAAACUCUGAGGCUUGCCGCACGCUCGCCCGCCAGCUCGUCCGGCUGCGUCAGCAGCGCCAGAGGUCGCUGGCCGUGGGUGCACAAAUCACCAGCGUGAGGACACAGGCCCAGCUGGCCGGCUCGCAGGUGAAGAUGGCUUCGGCCAUGGCGAAUACCGCUAAGACGAUGGGAUCCGUGAGCAAGGAGAUGGACCCCAUGAAGACAAUGAAGAUGAUGGAGGCCUUCAACAAGCAAAAUGCUAAGAUGGAGAUGAGUGAGGAGAUGAUCAGUGAAACGCUGGACUCGAUGUUUGAGGAGUCUGGGGAUGAGGAGGAGGGAGAUUCCAUCGUCGCUCAAGUCCUGGACGAGAUCGGCAUUGAGACCAGCGGCAAGAUGUCACGUGCUCCCACGGCCUCCCACGACCUCCCCCUCCCCCCCUCCUCCGCGUCAUCGUCCCGGGUCAGCGAUGACGACAUCGAGCGCCAACUACGCGCACUCGGAGUGGACUGAGGUCGUGACCCCUGGGGUGGAGAGGUCGUGACCCCCAGGGGGUAGGCUGAGGUCGUGACCCCCAGGGGGUAGGCUGAGGUCGUGACCCCCAGGGGGUAGGCUGAGGUCGUGACCCCCAGGGGGUAGGCUGAGGUCUCGACCCUGGGGUGUGUCUGUGUGUGUGUCUGUGUGAGUCUGUGUCUGAGUCUCUGUGUCUGUGAGUGUGUGUCUGUGUGAGUCUGUGUGUGUGGCUGUGUGAGUCUG